AUGUCAACUUCAGCAGCAGCAACAUCAACACCAUCAUCAACAUCAAAUUCACAAACACCUACACUUGGUAAAAUUAAAUUUUAUCUUAAAUCUAUAAUUUUUGGUGCUACGAUUGCUGGUUGUGCAUUAUAUGGAGUUAUAGCAUCUAUUUUAUUAAGAUUAAUUGGUAAAGUUGAAUAUGCUCAAUAUACUGUAGCAAGAGCAUUUUAUUAUUCAUUAUCAUUAUUUUUAGGUAUUAAAAUUCAUAUUAAAAAUGAACAUUAUUUAAAUCAAUUGCCAGCAAUUGUAAUUUCAAACCAUCAAUCAGCAUUAGAUAUACAUGUAUUGGGUAGACUAUUUCAACCUGGCUUCACAGUAACAAGUAAAAAAUCAUUAAAAUAUGUACCGAUAUUAGGUUGGUUUAUGGCUUUAAGUGGUACUUUUUUUUUAGAUAGAUCAAAAUCAGCAAAAGCUAGAAAAGUAUUAGAUGGAGCAUUAACAAAUUUGAAAAAAGAUGAAAGAGCAUUAUUUAUAUUCCCUGAGGGUACUAGAUCAGCUUUUGAGAAUUUAACUAUGUUACCUUUUAAAAAGGGGGCCUUCCAUUUAGCUAAACAAGCUGGUAUUCCAAUAAUUCCAGUUGUUGUAUCUAAUACAUCAAGUAUAUUUAAUUCGAAAAGGAAAAUAUUUAACAGUGGUGAGAUAUUUAUUGAAGUUUUACCCCCUGUUUCAACUGCAAAUUUAGAAUCUAAUGAUGAUAUAACUGCUUAUUGUAAAGAUAUAAGAGAUGAUAUGAUUAAUAAAUUACAGAAGUUAGGUUAUUCAAAAACUCAAGGUGCUAAACCAAGAGAAGAUUAUUAUCCUUCAGAAGAUGAGAUUACAGAUACUGAAGUUGAAGUAAUUAAUGAAGAAACACCAUUAGUUACAAAUGAUUAA